AUGGCACCGGUUCCCGACGAGGUGGAGCCCCCACCGCUGCCCACCGGUUCCGAUGGUGCAUCAACUCCCCAAAUACCACUCCCAGCGCUAGUACAACCACCAUCACCAUCGUUGCCUGAUCCGGUUGUGACCCAAGGGAGCAACUUCAUCCACGGGCUCAUCGGUCUUUCUCCCGGCGGAUUCUCCGAGACCGUUCGAAACUCCAUUUCUUCCCUCGCACGACGAGACCACGAUGCAACGGCCGUUGAUGUCGUCCACCUCAAGCCCGAUUCAACCAGCGCUGAUGUCGGUGCCGGUGCUCUUCUCACGAGAUCAAAAUCAAAGGGCCCUCUGAGCAUGGGCCUGCCGCCCGCCCCGGAGCCUCGCCCUCGCCAUCUGCUGGCCCUGCCGCAUGAGAUCCUGCUGCUGAUUAUCCUCCGACUCGACUUUGCCGAUAUUGUCCGCCUCCGCAAGACGUGCAAAGCGCUGCACUCCCUCGCCUCGCCGCAACAGAUCCGGCGCCUCUUCGGCCCCGUCCAGCUCCGUCUGCAGCUCCUAGGCCACUGCAAGAACUGUCUGCUCUACGACCCCUUCCGUUCACGCCUGCUGCAGCCGACUGUGGCCGACCAUGGGUACCCGCUGGCCAGCUGUUGUCUGGACUGCGCCGUCAAGGACCGCGAUCCCCGCAUCCGCGUGGGCAAGCGGAUCAACCUAGCCAACAUGGACACCGUGUGGGUGUGUCGAUGGUGCGGUUUUCCCAUUGUCGAAGGCGGCGCGUUUGGGUGCGAGCAGAUGCACCGUUUCUGCUACAAGCGGUACAACGACGCCCUCUUUGUCUUUUUUCUACUCGGCUGGCUCCAGCUGGGCCUGGGGAUCGUGGCGGCCGCUCUGGCUUGGAGGUAUUUCCGGGACGACAUUUUGGUGUUUGCGCCGACUGUAACCAACUUCUUGCUGUUGUGGAUCUGCCUGGGCUUCAUCAUCUGCCGUGGCAACGUAUGGAGGACGUAUCACUUCACGUUGGUGCUCGAGUUCCUGAUCCUGGGGCUCUGGAUCCCCCCCAUUUACUCCAUUGCCGCCGGGAUUGCAAAGUCCCCAGAUGCUCACGUUGAGAAGAGCACGAAGGCCACUUUGGCAAUGUUUGCCCUGAACACCCUUUUCCGCCUUCUCAACCUUAUUGGAAAUAUCCUUCUUUUGGGCCGGCUCGAUACCACCUCACGAAACAGGUCCGCCAUCCCAGCUUGGAGACGCCCGCUGCACUCCUUGGCCACGGCCCUUGUCAUGUGGACAUACCCCCAGUCGUUGGAGCAGAAGCUCCCGCCGGACUUUUUGUGA